CUUCGUCCUUUUACCUUCGAUAACUAUCUAUAUUCAUGUCCGCUGUAUACUUUAUUGCAUACUGAAAAUCAUUUAGAACUGAUAAAAUUGUUAUCAUCAACAGACGAGGCUGACCCAUAUGAAAUUCUCGGAGUAGUAAAUCGUGCAACAAUUCAAGACAUUAGAAGAGCAUAUAAGCAUUUAGUUAGGGUUUGGCAUCCUGAUAAAAAUGAACACCCAGAUGCUAAUAAGAUUUUCGUUAAAAUAAAGCAAGCAUAUGAGUUGCUAAAUGACCCAGACCGACGGCGAAUGUAUGAUCAGCAUGGAAUACGCAGUGAAGAUUCGCAUUUUUUUGCAGCUAAGAGUGAUUUAUACCGUAAAACUUCCUCGGAACAAUUCGAGAAUUUUUUUGGAAAACAGUUUAAUGCCGACAAUGAUAUCAGCUUCUAUCACAGAAUCUCGAUAACUAUCAAGAAUUAUGAGAAGAAAAUUGUUCCAAACAGCAAGUUCACACCUUAUAUUGUCAUGUUUUAUAAUGAUUGGUGUUUUCGUUGCACGCGACUUAUCAGUGUAUUUAAAAGGCUAAUGGACGCUCUGGAACCACUAGGAAUUAACUUUGCAGCAGUUAAUGCUGCAUACGAACCGGUUUUAGUUAAAAAAUCGGGUGUGAGCACUAUACCAAGCUUGGUUAUAAUUCUGGGUGGACACUGUUACAUAUAUCGUGAAAAUGUUUAUACUCUGCCCAAAAUUAAAGAAUUUAUAAGAAAAAAGAUGCCAUAUUCAAUUAAUCAGAGAAUAUAUGACCAUAAUGUGGAAGAUUUUUUGGGAGGUUGGAUUGACAAUAGAGUACGAGCGCUAAUUUUGGAACCGAGAAAUAAAACGAGGCUUCGGUAUUUAAUAAGGGCAUACUCGUUCCAUUACAGAGUUGCGUUUGGAUUCAUUGACUUGAAUGAUAGCAGAAGUGAACAAAUUCAAAAACUGUUCAAGAUUAGUUCAAAUCUCGACACACUGCUAAUGUUUAAUGAGGAUUCCCGCAGACCACGAGCAAAGAUUUCAUUGCCUGAGAUUCCGGUUCAAACAUUAAAUGACAUUAUUUCUUCAAAUCAAUAUCUUUCAUUACCGAGACUCUCAUCACAACAAGUUAUGGAAGGUAGGUAUCAGUAG